AGUGAAGCAGCUGGGAAGGCAACACAACAUCCACCUGUAGAAGAGAGAGGUCCAGAUACAUUUGGGGAAAGAGAGAUACAUCCCAGAUUGUGUUGGCUGGAAGAAAAGUAGAGUUCCUGAGCCCACCAUCCUGUCGUUUGCAAUGUCGCUCCUGAGAAGCCUGUCCAUCUUCUCGGCCACAGAAACCCUCAUUGCCUUGGCUGUUUUCUGCCUGAUCUUCAUGGUCGUCAAAUCUCUACGGAAGCAGAUGAUACCCCCGGGUCUACAGAGUCUCCCUGGGCCAAUGGCUUACCCAUUGAUUGGGAACUUGCUGGAGGUAGGGAAGAACCCCCAUCUGAGUCUGACUCGGAUGAGGCAGAAAUAUGGGGAUGUGAUGAAGAUACACAUUGGCAUGAGACCAGUGCUAGUGCUGAGUGGGCUGGAGACCAUCAAGCAGGCCUUGGUCAGGCAAGGAGGGGACUUCAUGGGACGACCUGACCUCUACAGCUUCCGUCAUGUGGCGGAUGGCAAGAGCCUGACUUUUAGUACAGAUUCUGGAGAAGUGUGGCGUGCCCGCAGAAAACUGGCCCAGAAUGCCCUGAAGAAUUUUGCGUCCUCGCCCAGCACCACCUCCUCUUCCAUUUGUCUUCUGGAAGAACACGUCUCCAACGAGGCUGAACAUCUGAUCAUGACGUUACAAGAGGUGAUGCGUGAGAAGAAGAAGAUGGACCCUUUCCGGUACCUUGUGGUCUCUGUGGCCAAUGUUGUUUGUGCCAUUUGCUUUGGGAAGCGUUACAGCCAUGAUGACCAAGAAUUCCUCAACCUCGUGAAUGUCAGUGAAGAGUUUGUGGAUGUGGCUGCCUCGGGGAACCCAGCUGACUUCAUCCCCCUGUUUCAGCACCUCCCAGACAAGUCCAUGAAGAAGUUUAAGGAAUUCAACCGACGGUUCCUCACAUUCCUUCAAAGAAUUGUCAAAGAACACUACAAAAGUUUCAGGAAGGACAGCAUCCGGGACAUCACGGAUUCCCUUAUUGAACAAAGCCAAGAAAAGAAAUUGGAUGGCAAUGCUAAGCUACAGCUCCCAUCUGAGAAAAUAGUGAACCUCGUAAAUGAUAUUUUUGGGGCCGGUUUCGAUACAGUGACCACGGCCUUAUCCUGGUGUCUCAUGUACCUGGUGGUUUAUCCUGAAAUCCAGAAGAAGAUUCAGGAAGAAAUAGAUGAGAGUAUUGGCAGAGCACGGAAGCCACGGUUGUCCGACCGGUCCCUGCUGCCUUAUACAGAAGCCUUUAUCCUAGAAAUGUUCAGACACUCCUCCUUCCUGCCCUUUACCAUUCCCCAUUGCACAACCACGGACACUGCCUUGAAUGGCUACUACAUCCCAAAGGAUAUGUGUGUCUUUGUCAACCAAUGGCAAGUCAACCAUGAUGAGACACUUUGGAAGGACCCUUCCUCCUUCAACCCUGAGCGUUUCCUCACGGCCAACAGGAAAGAGGUCAUCAGGGACGAGAGCGAGAAAGUCCUGGUGUUUGGCUUGGGCAAGAGAAGGUGUAUCGGAGAGACCAUUGCCCGAUGGGAGGUCUUCCUCUUCUUAUCAACUUUGCUCCAGGAGCUGCAGUUCAGUGUCACAGAGGGUGUGAAGGUGGACAUGACCCCACUUUAUGGGCUGACCAUGAAGCAUAAGAGAUGUGAGCACUUCCAAGUGAAACUGCGCCUCCCAAAGUAGUUCACGGAGUGAAUUACAAAUGUGUCAUUCUAGAGGAAAAUGUUCUUGCGUUCUUCCAUGGCUUUUUCUCAGAUGCAGGACCAGUAGCCUGCCUUCUUUGCUAGGCAAGGCUGCCAUAUUCCAGGUAUAAGUUCAAAAAUAUGAGUGGAAAAUCCAAGGAUGCCCUCCGAACCGACAGAAACGUCUAGAACCCUCUUGCCAAAUGCAAACUUCUGUAUUUAGUCCUGUGAACUGCAAACAUUAGAAAAAAAUGUAACUCGAGUAAGGGAAGUUGGCUUUAAGCCCAGAAACUUUCCCCCACUUAUAAUGAACGUCGUUCUGACACAACUUAUUUAAGUUGCCCCUUUUCUCCUUUAAUCACCUUGCCAUGCUCACAGGAUGGGGAUUAUUUGUGGCAGUGACCUUGGAAAAUUCAACAAGGGAAUGUUUCGUGGACCAGAUGGAGAGAAUUUAUAUGCAUUAUGAAGCUACCAUAUACAGAGUCAGCUUAUUGACGGAUCCAGUCCGAUGUGCGGAGUGGUAGUGGCUCCAGAAAAAUCUUCCAGAAAUAUUUUUCCCAGCCCUGCUAUCUGAGAUGCUUUUAACGGGAGAUGUUGGAGGUGCUCAUCUUCUCCCUGGAAAAGAGAAGCUCCAUGUCAAAGGUCCUGGCAGCUGGGAUCCGUACAGCAGGAGAUCAUAGAACUAUAGAAUUUUCAAGUUGGAAAAGACAAUCUGCAUGUUUUCAUGCAGAAGGUUCCAAGUUCCCUCCCUGGCAUCUCCAAGAAAGGGCUGAGAGAGACUCCUGCCUGCAACCUUGGAGAAGCCGCUGCCAGUCUGAGAAGACAAUACUGAGCUAGAUGGACCUAUGGUCUGACUCAGUAGAAGACAUCUUCCUAUGUUCCUAUGACAUAUGUUCCUAUGACCAAUGAUCUGACUCGGUAUAUUGCAACUUCCUAUGACAUAGGAACAUAGGAAGCUGCAGUAUACCGAGUCAGGUCAUUGGUCCAUCUAGCUCAGCAUUGCAAUGUCAACACAGAUUGGCAGUGGGUUCUCCAAGGUUUCAAGCAGGACUCUCUCCAGCCCUACCUGGAGAUGCCAGGAACUGAAUCUGCAAGCAUGCAGAUACUCUUGUACUGAGUAUCUGCAUGGAAUAUGGCCCCAUCCCCUAACACCACCACCAAAUAUUUAUAUACUACUUUUCAACAAAGGUUUCCACAGUGGUUUACAUAGAGAAAUAAAAAAUAAAUAAGAUGGAUCCCUGUCCCCAAAUGGCCACCAUCACAUCCCGUGGUAGAGAAUUCCAUAGAUUCAUUAUCCGCUGUGUGAAAAAGUACUCCCAUUUGCUGGUCCUAAAUUCCUCAGCCUUCAUAAGACCUUACAGUGCUCACAUGUAGUCCCCCAACCAAACCAAGCUAGAAUCUGCUUAGCAGUGGGGACAACUCCUGCUUGCUACUACAAGACCACCACUCCUUCUCCAUGCUAAAGAAUCCCAGCACUUUUAAUGUCACAGCACUUGGUUUCCAGACGUUUCACCAUCUUUGUCACCCAGCUCUGGACCAGUUCAUCAAUGCCCUUUUCAAAAAGGGCCCAGAACUGAGUUCCAAGAGAGGCAUGACCACUGCAGAACAGAGUGGGAUAAUUACUUCUCAUGAGCUGAACACUGUGCCUGUUCAUGCAGCCCAAGAAGACUGCUUCUGAAGGACCACGUUCUCCUGUGUGAACUUGUCUGUUUAUUGGGCUCAUCAUCUGAAUUCUACCAAAGAAAACCAAAUGGUUCUGUGGUCACCAGGGGUUGACACCGACUCGACCAGGAGUCGACACCAACUCGACGGCUCAACUUUACUUACUUUACAUUUGAAGCUCUGCUCCAUGUGCCUGUGCUUUCAAAGAUUAGGCAGACGGGUACCAGAGCAGGGCCUUCUCUGUGUUGGUGCUCUAGUUAUGGGAUGCCCUCCCUGGAGACACUUGCUGGAUACCUGCUCUUCUGUUCUUUUCUCCUCCCUUAUCUGAGCAUCAUGUUAAAACCAUUGUGUACCGUCAAUCUUUUGGCAAGCCAGAACAUUGGUUGACAUCCAGACUAGAUUAUUUCUGAGCAGUCCCACUGAAAUUAACUUGUCCUUUACAGUAACUCCCGAGUAGCACUAUUUAGUAACUUAGUCCAGAUGUCAGCCACUGUCAUUUUGUAUUGCGUUUGGGGUGGGGUGGGGUGCUCUUGCUCAUUAAAAAAUGGAUUGUAGUCAUCGAUGUGAAUUCUGUGAUCUCCCAUUGUUUUAUUUUUAAUUGAAAGCAGCUUUGAAGACCUUACACUAGAAAGCGGGAACGUAAAUGUUUUAAAUAAACACAUACACAAACAAAUAAUAGAUAUGUA